UGUAGUAAUUGAUGGACCUUACUUGGCACGUUUUUGAAAUGAAAAUUGAAAUGACAAUUUUCUUAAUAGGCCUUGCCUUGCGUUUUUGUGUUUUUUUUUCAAGAUCCGGGUUUCCGGGACUGUAUAAUUAUUUUAUUAAAAUCCGUUCGCGUACUUUGAUGGUUUUAUAUAAUGUUAUAUUUCAGACUGUGCUUCAGUUAGAAUGAAAUUAACAUAUAUCAUAAACUGCCAAUAGCUCAACCAAAUCAAUAUGUAGUGCAGUGUUUAUUCUUAGUUUGGUGCAAAUCGAAAUCGUUAAAUAAAAAUAGAAGAUCUAUAUGAAAAAUGCCAUUUCAAGGUGAACAGCCAAUACCUGCGUCCAUAGAAGCGCUAGGAUAUCGAUGGAUAAAGCGAAUAAGUGAAGGGGCAUUUUCCAAGGUACAUCUUAUUGAAUAUCAUAACCGAGCAAACAAUUGUUUCGAAACGUUGGCUUGUAAACUGAUUGAUACAAAGAAGUGUAGUGAAAAGUUUCGAAAACGAUUUCUCCCAAGGGAAUUAACGGUACUGCUCCAUAUUCGUCACCCAUACAUCAUCCGCAUAAAUGCGAUUAUCAAGUGUCGCAACAAAAUUUGCAUCUUCAUGCGCUACGCCGAAAUGGGUGACAUGUUAUCUUUCGUGAUUGAGCACGGACCACUCAGAGAGACCCAGACACGCAUCUGGUGUCGACAACUUGCUUUGGCUGUUCAAUAUCUACACGAAUCAGGCAUUGCCCACAGGGAUCUAAAAUGCGAAAACAUUCUGUUGUCAGCAAAUUUGAACGUAAAACUGAGUGAUUUUGGAUUUGCUCGGUAUGUUACAGAAAAAAACCGACAACCGCAAUUAAGUACAACGUUUUGCGGUUCGUUCGACUAUUCAGCGCCUGAGUUGCUGAAAGGAAAGCCGUACAACCCGAAAGCAUCAGAUCUAUGGGCAUUAGGAGUUGUAUUGUACAUGCUGCUUAACAAAUCCGUACCGUUCAAGGGCAAAACUCGGCAAGUGUACGAACAACAAAUGGCCCGUGCUUGGAAGUUCCGAUCGCGUGUAAAUGACACAUUGUCGCCGGAAGUAAAAACACUGGUGCGAAGUUUACUCGAACCCAAUCCUUUGAUUCGAUGGACUGUCGAGGAAGUGCUGGUUUGUGAUUGGUUGAUUCAAGAUCGUCGUUUGAGAUCGUUGAACGCUGAAGAGUUUUCCGCCCUAGCAGAAGCAAGAAUUUUUGCAAGGUCUUCCGCUGAUAUUGAAAGUGUUAAAGAAAAACUUCGUUUGAUAGAGCACGCCGACCAAUCAGUCACAGUGAUAAAAUCAACUGGAUCAAAUUUAGACACUCGAAAUCAUUCUGAUUCGUUAUUGUCUAUGCAAACUUCAGUGCAAACUAAUACAUCAGGCUCCAGAAUAAAGGGUAGUAAAUGAAUGUUGAAUGGAUUCA